AUGGAAGGGCAUGGAAGAAGAAUAACGAGAGUACCACUAUGCUGCCACAUUCUGCUUCUUCAUUUACUCUCCCAACUGGGAGAAACCGUCGCCAAGGUGCCGGCGGUGAUCGUCUUCGGCGACUCCUCCGUGGACGCCGGCAACAACAACUUCAUCCCCACCAUUGCACGGAGCAAUUUCCAGCCAUAUGGGCGUGACUUUUUGGGUGGAAAAGCCACUGGAAGGUUUUGCAACGGAAGAAUACCAACGGAUUUUAUUUCUGAGGCUUUUGGGGUAAAACCUUACGUGCCAGCGUACUUGGAUCCAAAGUAUAAUAUUUCAGAUUUUGCAAGUGGGGUCACUUUUGCUUCCGCAGCAACUGGUUAUGAUAAUGCAACUUCAGAUGUUCUGUCUGUGAUACCACUAUGGAAGCAAUUAGAGUACUACAAGGGAUACCAAAAGAAUUUGAGUGCCUAUCUUGGUGAAAGCAAGGCGAAAGAGACCAUAACUGAAGCAUUACACCUUAUGAGUCUUGGCACAAAUGACUUCCUUGAGAACUACUACACCAUGCCUGGUAGAGCAUCUCAAUUCACACCCGAACAGUACCAAACUUUUCUUGCUGGAAUAGCUGAGAACUUCAUAAGGAGCCUCUAUGACCUUGGUGCUAGGAAGAUAUCCCUUGGAGGGUUACCUCCCAUGGGAUGUUUGCCACUAGAAAGAACCACAAAUAUUGCUGGUGGAAAUGAUUGUGUUGCCAGAUUCAAUAACAUAGCAUUGGAGUUCAAUGAUAAGCUCAAGAAUUUGACCAUUAAGCUCAGCCAUGAACUCCCUGGAAUCAAAUUGGUGUUUUCCAAUCCGUAUUACAUUAUGUUGAGCAUCAUAAAAAAACCUGAACUUUAUGGGUUUGAAUCAACCUCAGUGGCAUGUUGUGCUACUGGAAUGUUCGAGAUGGGUUAUGCAUGCAGCAGGGGCCAAAUGUUCAGUUGCACUGAUGCUACCAAAUAUGUGUUUUGGGACUCUUUCCAUCCAACUGAGAAGACAAAUAGUAUCGUUGCAAAGUACGUGGUGCUGCGCGUUUUAUAUCAAUUUUUACAAUAA